CAUUCAUUCAACACAGGUAAGAACCGUUGGUAAGUGUGUGAUUAGUCAGUUCCCGCUUUCUAUUCAUCGAGAAUAUCGAAUUCGCUUCCAUUGGGUCGCUCGUUCAGUUGUUUUCUACCAUCUGGGGGCAAAAUGUGACGCGCAAUGGGACUCCAAGCUGUUUUCGUUUGGUUUGUUUACCUCAAACUUGCAACGUCUCUGGAAUUGAAGAGCUACAUUUCGGACCAUGGCCUCCACGGUACCAUCACGUUCCGAAAAAUCGGCCCAGAAACCAAAAUCAUCACCGAUUUGAACACCACUCUCGAGUACCCAACUCAGGUGUGGUCCUGGGCCGUGGUGGAGUUCCCCGUCGACUACACCGACCUGGAGAACCGCUGUUGGGGCACCAAGCUGGGCAAAGAGUUGGUCAACUUGGACGCGAUCUACGGCCCUUUGGUACUCCCCGAUAACAGUACCAGCGAGUUCACCACCAACGCGUUGAAAAUCAACGGCGAUGGGGGCCUCUACGGCAAGGGACUCCUAUUCAAAGACCCCGAAACCAACACCAGAAUCUGCGCCACCAUCACCAUGGUCGACAAAACGCAAGAGAAAAUCGCAGUGGCGCGGUUCAACACCCCCAUUUCCGGCGUAGUCAACUUCCGGUGGUUCUCCACCAAAGACAACCACAACGACAUGUUGAUCACCACUGAUUUGUACCACGUCGCCAACAAGGAAAAUCACACUAAAAGUGUGGCCUUCACCGAGCAUUCGUGGAAAAUCUACGUGACUGAUAUCCUCGAUAGUGAUAAGGAGAGACCCGAUUGCAACUUUCUGCAACUUGUCUUCGACCCUGACAACACCGGAAAGGGGGCUUUGGGGGAUUUGGAUGCGCGACUCGGGAAAGUCAAAGUGUCGACAGACUACACUCGGAGCAAAUUCAAGACUUUGUUUAUCGACCAACACCUGAUUCUACUCCCAGGGGACCUCCAAGGGCCCCAAAGGAGUCUCUAUUUGGUCGUCUUUGAACGCAAACACCCCGACAGCUUCCUCGCCUGUGCCAAAAUUAGAUACGAGCAUCCAAUCAAUGCCAAGGUCGUGAUACAAUCCGGGGGGAUCAAAGGAGAAGUCACAAUGACACAAUUUAGUAAAUUUGAACCGACUUUUGUCAAUUUUGACUUGACCACAGCUCGGGGUGACUUGGAAACCCGCUUGGUGUAUAGUUCCUCAGUCGCGGGGUACAAAAUCCACGAAUUGCCAGUUAAACCCUCCAAAACGCUGGGUCAAAACGAGAAUUCGUGUCUAACGACGAAAUUCGUCUACAACCCGGUCAAAAUUGACCCAAAUGUGGUACCACCACCCGGGUUGGGGACCCAAAACCAGUACUUGGUUGGGGACUUAUCCGGGAAACUCCACGGGAGGAACAAUGAAACGGUUCUGGUACCCAAUGGGCAAGAACUGAGCGGUUUAUACUGGGACACUUUUCUCCCUCUCCAAGGACAAUUCUCAAUAAUCCAUCGCACGAUGGUCAUUUACAAGAACACGCAGUACCCGAAAGGGGGGAUCCUCGCCGAGCCUUGGAUUUGCGGCGGAGUCACACUCUACGAAUCUAAUUUCCGGUACCAAAAACCGAUUUUUACCGCCGAGGUCGUCUUCCGGUACCCGACAGUGGGGCGCGUUUUGAUGAGACAAGUGAGGGAUGAGCCCUGGAGCGACACUAGUGUGUUAGUGGAGUACUUGGUGCACGCCGAUGGGGCCACUUUGAACAACUCAAGGGAACAUCGAUGGGCCAUCCAUGAGCAGCCCCCCGGGAAGGAUUUUUACAGUUGGAAGGAGCGUUGUCUCAGUUCGGGGGAAAUCUACAACCCUUACAAAAUCGAUUUUGAUGUGAACCCUUGUAGUGGUGGUUUGUGCCGCGUUGGGGACCUGACUGCCAAGCUUGGUACCAUUGAAAUCUCGGGCAAAAUUGCCGACAGUGACAAGGUUUCGCGUACCAUGUGGACUGACCCUUUUUUGCCCUUGACGGGCCAUUCCAGCGUUUUGGGCAAGUCGAUGGUACUUUAUGACGACCAUGGGCCGAAAGCACGCGGCGAGCGCUUAGCGUGUUCCAUCAUCGGUGGAGUCUAUAGACGCAAAGCUGUGGUCAAGGAUUGGUUCCCAAAUGGGGUACCAAUCACAGUCAAGGGCAAAAUUGAGUUUUUCCAGCAGACUGAGUACGACAUUACUAAUGUUGAGGUGAAUUUGCAAGGCUUGAGUGACAAUAGUGGGUACCACAUCCAUAUUACUUCUGUUGAGGAAAAUCUCGAGUUUCCAUGUGAAGCUUCAAGCUUGUACGACCAUUGGAACCCAUUGAAUGUGGACCCAUCGUCGUCCCCGCGCACCUACCAUGGUACCCCCGACCAAUACGAAAUGGGCGACUUGAGUGGCAAAUUUGGUACUCUUGACAACCAAACCUACUACAAAACUGAUUACAAUGAUACCAUGCUUCCAUUAUUUGGCCCUAAAAGCAUAGUGGGCCGUUCUGUCAUAAUCCAUAAGAAGGACAAGUCCAGAUGGGCAUGCUCUACCAUUGAGCGGGGCUAUAGCCCAUCAGAAGCCCGGGAACUACGCGCAAUUGCCUCGUUCCAUCACCCAGAAGGGUACGCUUACGGAUACAUGAAAAUGAAACAAUUAAUUUAUAAUGAUGGGAGUAAGAGUGACACCACGAUUGAAAUCAAGCUCCGCCACCCUGGAAAAAAUGACCGGAACGUGACCAGGGACCAUGAUUGGGCCAUUUAUGUGAAUCCAGUGGGUGUGGACGCAGCUGUCAAGACCCAAAAUACGCGAUGUGUGGCCGGGGGCUACAUCUGGAACCCUUAUUUCACCCAACUCGCUGACCCUCUCAAUGGUGAUCUUUAUCGGCAAGAAUGCGGCCCUGAGAACCCUCUCAGGUGUCACGUGGGUGACCUGUCGGCCCGUUUGGGUACCAUCGACAUCGGGCUUCAGCGCAAAGUCUUCACCGAUUCGAAUUUACCGCUCGAAGGGGAUGUCACAGCAAUCGGCCGCUCGAUUGUAAUCAUGAGCCCCAAUAGACGCCCCGAGCGUUACGCUUGUGCUAAUAUCGAGCCCGACUAUGAUAUAAUAAAGUAUGCAAAUAUCGAAAAGUCCCCACGAUUCGUCCUCUCGCAGUUUAUCGAAGAAGUCCGCGGAAUUCUGGGAAUCCCCGAUUGGUUUUUGACUGUAGAUUCGCGGAAAACUAAGUCGUUACAUAGCGACGCUUGUGUUCAGCUUUUGUUGCAUUUCAAGGGACCUCUUGCUGGGAGAUUAGAGCAGGAUUUUAGCCGAUUAUUAGCAAGUGGGCGUUUAGAUACCCCCACAUUGUAUAUCCCAGGGUAUAUUAACACGAAACGUAAAGUGAAAAUUGCGUACAAGCAGUGUGGAGUACAAGAUCCCAACGAAAAAAGUAAAAAAAGGACCGGGUUUUUCUUUGGGCGCUCAGGAAGCAAUUCAGCCAAAUUUGCUCACAGUCUGAUUACAAUGAUAGUUUGUAGUUAUUUAUUGUAUUAAAAAUGACUGUUCCUAGUAAAAAUUAAUAUAUUA